AUGGUAUUCUGCGGCAAGCCUAGCAAAGGUUGCCAGCGCUGCCGACGCCGAAAGGUCAAGUGUGAUGCGACAAAGCCAACCUGUGUCAGAUGCCAGAAGGCAGGAGAGCAGUGCCACUACCGCAAUUUCGACGAGGCCAUCUUCCGGAAUCAGACGUCGGAAGUUGUUCGCAAAUUCAAAAGGCCACUAGACGAGCAUUCCGUGGCAGAGCUCCAGCCAUUAGCGGUGAUGUCGUCGACUUCAAGCACGGCAAGCUCUCCCGCCAUGUACUCGAUGCCGUCUGCUUCUGUCUAUGACAUUGGUGCGAACUUCUUCUUUGACAAGUUCAUGUCUGAAAAAGGUACCUUCUUCGGCGACUACUCCUCUUGGCUGGGCCAGCUAUACUCUGGAGCGACCUCCAGUGGCUUGAUUCGGACAGUCAUUGAAGCCGUUGGUUUGAGUGCCCUGUUCAACGUCUCCCUUGACCUAGGGGUUCAGAUUAAAUCGUCAGAGCAAUACUCCAAAACGCUAGCGGCCCUCAAACUUGCUCUGGACGACCCGGAGCAAGCAAAGUCCGACGACACUCUCCUUGCAAUCACACUACUCAUCCUUUUCGAGAUGCUGAACUUCCGAACUUGGCAGCGCCACAGGUUUUGGGAAGCUCAUGUUAAUGCAGCACUGGCCCUGUUGGAGCUCCGCGGUCAAGAUCAGUUUCAACGUCAACGUGGCGGACAGCUGUAUAUACAGGUCCGUUCUCAGAUACUUUUAGUCUGUAUGCAGAAACGCGUCGUUGUUCCAAGAGCCCUGGUGCAAACCACCUACGACUUCCACGGCAGCCUCGUGAGGCAACUCUGGCAGAAAUCUCGAGUCGCCACCCCAAGUUCAAUUACCGAAAUAUGUUUCCGGGUGGUCAAUCUCCGAGCCGCAUUGUGUCAAGGGCAGGUGACGGAUUGGAAAGUCCUACAAAACGCCGCCAUCGACAUCGACAACGACCUCGAGUCAUGGAAGGCUGGAUUGCCCUCUUCCUGGAAGUACUCGAUCAUUCACGGGCCUGCGAAGGUUUCCGAGGAGCUGCUACAAGGAGUACGCCAUAUUUACCCUACACUUUGGGUGGCAGAGGCUUGGAACAACUGGCGCAUCCUUCGGCUACUAGUCAAACAGAUGAUGCUAGAAGUCAGUGUUGACCCACACGAGAUUGCCUCGUCGCAAGAUGCUGCACGCCAAUUGUGUACCGACGUCUGCAUUUCUGUUUCCAGUUUUACAGGAAGUCCAAGUUUCAUAUCCUUGAUGCACCCAUUAUACCUUGUGGCCCUGGAAUCCUUGAAUCCAUACGGUUUGCGAGUCUUUGCGAUCGAACAACUGAGAUGCAUUGAUGCGUCUUUCGGGGUGCGACAAGCCCGCCUACUUGCUGACACAGCGGAAAGCAGCCUACUCGAUACAGUCCCCGAGCCCGGCGUGAGAAUUUGA